UUAUUAUUCGUCACAGUUUAUGAUGGUGCGAGCAUUAUACGUAGUGCUUUGUAAAAAUCAUUGGUCAACGACAGCUUAAUUGGCAAAGUUCAACAUCUAACGCAUCUAUGCAAUUUUGCACCUGUCAUCUGUAUUAAAUAUAAUAAAUAUAUAAAUAAGAAUGUCUUCGGAAGAAACGCAAAUACCGGUGCCGGAUGAUUCGUCUGGUCUUUGCCCCGAGGAGGCCAAAGUUGAUGAGCGCCUCGAAGUUGUCAAGUUUUUGGAUACUUUUAAACCUACAGAUUUGGAGAAGGAUCCCUUACCCAUCAAAGUUCACCGAAGUAGAAUCACACUAGAUGAGAUGGAAGGCCAAGCCGUUCAGUGGGCUUUUGAAUAUUUAUAUUUCCACGCUUGUCCUAUGGGCUUAUUGCAAGCAACGCUAGGACAAGUGUAUAAACACGUACGAAAGUAUUUGGGGCCCAAGAAUGACAGCCAACCGGACAAAAUAAGCUCACAAGAAAUGGAACCUUUGCAAUUAAUGCGGGAAGUGGUGGGUGUGGUCGAUAAUUAUUUGGGGAAAGUGAGUCAGCAGUCGACCAGUCUUGAUAUAUCGGACAUGGAUGCGAUCAGGGACCUCGAGGCUGGAAACACUAAAGUCACAUACAGUCCUGAAGUCUUUGAGGUAUCGUACUUCAGUAUGAAAAAUGCUAGACGUACAAUGGAAGAUAAGAUGGCUGUCUUUCCUGCACUCCCUCACGUUUUUGAGCAUUUGAGACCAGUUUGGGAUUUGAGUUACUUUGGCGUAUUUGAUGGUCAUGGCGGUAUAGAAGCUGCCUCUUAUGGCGCAGCACAACUACACCAAUACUUCAUUCGUGGACUUGACGAGGGUAUGGAAUUAGUAGACGCAUUAACAGCUGCCUUCACAAGGACGGAUGCUGCAUUUAUUUCAAAAUGUGCGGAGGAGAAAAUUAGAAGCGGAUCGGCCAUUGUUUCCGUUGUGGUACAUGGACAUAAAUUAUACUUUGCCUGGGCAGGAGACUGUCAGGCGACUCUGCACAUGUCAAAUGGAAAAGUAAAACAAUUAGUGACGCGUCAUCAUCCGGGAAGAGAGGACGAAAAACAAAGAAUACGAGAAAUGGGUGGAGAGGUUAUCGAAAUGGGUGGGGUUACCAGAGUAAACGGAACAUUGGCUGUCGCUAGAGCAAUCGGCGAUCCCGAUUUUAAAGAAUAUGUUAUCAGCAAUCCAGAAGUCGUAGAAGUCGAUAGGUCAGAAGACCUUAACGAAGCAUACAUUGUCAUAGGCUCUGAUGGAUUAUGGGAUAAGAUUAGUCCCUUGGAAGUGGGGGAUUUUGUAGGGGAUUUCAUUGCCAAAAACGAGGGAGCAAAGGCAGCUCAGUUACUUGCAAAUCAGGCCAAGUCGAAUGGCUCACAAGAUAAUAUUUGUAUUAUUGUCGUGUACUUGAAGCCAUUAAGUGACUUGAUGAAGAGAUGCAUGCAACCCUCUUCAAUGUUUGACGGUGAAAUUGGCAAACAUUACGACACAUAUGUCCAUACUAAACAUAAUAGAAACUGUGAAAAUGGAGCUGAAAGCAACGCUGAAGAUGUGGCCAUGUUUACUUUAGACCCUUCAUCACAAUUAGAUCUACAAGAUGAGGACGACGAUGAUGAGUCAAGUGACGAUGACGACGACGAAUGGAGUUUUCACGGAAACGUCGUUCCCUCCAAGAAUGACGAGGAGGAUCUUAUAAAGAUUUCGCCUUCAGAACACCAAAAUCUAGGCAAACCAGAAGAUAUGAAGGUUGACAACCAGAAUUUUGUAGAUAUUUCAUCGCUAGAAGACAACUUCUUCUUGGAAACUCACCAGCUUCCCAGCACCACGGGUCCAUUGAGACAAUCGGAGAAUGAGACAAAGAACGAUAAUGAUUUAGUUCAAAUUGGGGACCAUUUCGUUGUGGAUAAAAUCGUCAAGACAAAUAAUAAUGACGUUGAGGCCGUCGUGAAUGUUUUGGAGGGCGACCUGAUUCUUAUUAAUGAAAAUGAGGCUGGCGGAGGAGUCGGCGAAACUGUUGGACAAAACUUAGCUGCCCUUCAAAACGGUUCGUAUGUAGGUAUUCACAACUUUAUGUCUAAUGGACACUCACACGAGAUAAAUGACUUGACUGCGACGCAAAAUCAAGAAAGCAAUGUUACGAUUAACGGGAAUUCUCAGACGAGCAAAGAUAUCGCCGAGCAGUGUGUUGACGAUUCAAUUGUUAUCAAAACUGAAAGCCUAAGGACUAAGAAUGAAGUUAAUAAGGAACACAAAUCUAUUGGAAAUAGUACGAAACCGCAAACUCCUUCAGCCCCUAGUAAGAAAAUUUUAUCUAAUGUCGUUCAGAAAAAGACCUUGGCGACGGCACCGCCCAAACGACCGUUGUUGGUACCACAAUCUUCAAAACAACCACUGAGCAAGAUGAAUUUACCGAAACCGGCUGCUGCUCAGAAGCCGAACGUGGUGGACGUUCUUCCUUCUUCGACAUUACCCAAGAUACCAAAGCCUGAGAGCAAAAUUAGAGAGCAAGGAGUAAGGAACCCCACACAAAAAAUUCCUCCAACAAUGCACCCAGCCCCAAAACCAAAAGCUGUUGGCGCAACCCCUGCUAAUAAGACAGGAGGAGGUUUGAAGCCAAGGCCUACAACGAAUUAUUUGCCAGCCACAAAACCUGUGGUUAAUUGUACACAGACAAAAUUAAACCCGUCCGUAAGUACAGUGUCAACAAUGCCAAGGAAAUUGGCCACUGUAACUUCCUCAUCUAGUGCACGACCAAUUUCAAAUACUCGAACUACUACAACAACCGUGACGUCCACAAUAUCUAAAACAGGACUGGUCUCAAAAGCAAGUACAGCUCGACCACUUCAAAAUACAGAAAAAACUACAACAACUGUCUCAAGUAGACUGCGACCCUCGCCUGCAGUAGCAGGAAUUGCUAAAGUACCACCACCUUCAAAACCUUCUUCUCGUCCACCCACGUCAACCUUACCCAAAGCAUCAACACGACCAGCCGUCCCAGCCACUAAUGCUGUCGGAAAUAGUACCAAGAUUACCAAGACCACUUCCAUUACUGGUCGUCCAGUACCUGUUUCCACUACUUCUUCAAAGGUUGCUCCAGGCGUUAAAAAAUUGGCAACCACAACUAGCACUGUUACAAAAUCUACCAUCCAGGGUCGAACAAAACCUGAAACCAAGAAACCUACAAAUCCACAACCUCCAAAAGCAAUAACCCUUCCCUCAAAGGGACAGGAACCAUUAUCGCCAAAAAUUUUGAACGAUGGGGUAUCUUCUAAGGAAACAGACGAGGUGGGUAAACCAGAAAUAUUAAACAACGCCGAACUUUUGUCCAAAGAACUUGACCUUGAACCAAUAACCAGAACCACCAAUAACGAUCCACCCGGUCAUUCCUAGUCAUCAUUCUAUCCCUUUAAAUAGUGCUGAAUGAGUUGGGACCUAUGUACGUCACUCCCAGUUAAAAUACACAUUUCGAGAAACCUUGUCCCAUCAAGACGGAUGGAUGAAAGAACGUGGACUGGAAUCAAACAUGAUACCAUUCUCCCUCUCAACAGAGGAGUUUAAAAACAACAGGAUCACCUAUUUACCAAGAAAAUGUCUAUAUGAAACUACUAAACUUAAUAGGCAUUAAUACCAUUUGAUUGUCCAUACAUACGUAUGUGGCGAUUUGUUUUGCAAAUGUGAAAUGUUUCACGCGUUUCACUUGUCUUCCAAAGUAAUAGACGCAAUUUAACUGUAAUUAUAAGUACUUAUCUUGCCUUAAUCUCGGUUUAAAAACAAAAUUAGUUUAUAGUCAUGGCAUAAAAGCCAAAGUUACCAAUGAUUACUGAUGUACGAUUUUAAACUAAUAGUGUAUGGAUUUCUAAUGACCUAUUAUUUGCAUUUGUACUUUUUUGUACUUGAAACUGAAACUUACAAAAUUAUUCAAGUGCUAAUAUUUGAAAUCAUUAGUGUUAAAUUUAAAUAUAUGAAAUCAUACAAAAAAAAUUAUGGAUAAUUAAAGAAACAUAUUGUUUGUCUAAAAUCAUAUAUUAUUUAACUUUUAACACAUUACAUUUAUUUUCAAAACACUUAAAAAAUGAAACACGCCCAGUCCGCAGCCUUAUUUAGCCCGAGUCAGGAACAGUCCGCCGUUUCUAAAUUUAGUCCAAUUGACCCGAUUAUUACUAAAAAUUACCACUCCCUGUGGUAGGGAGGGUCGGAUGUUUGUUAAAUAUUUUCUAUUAUUUUGCACCAAAUUUUUCCAAAGUUGUGUUUCACUGAAAUUAUUUUUGCCCUACAUAUAUACCAAAUUUUAGCUGAAAAUAAAAACUUUUAAGCAACGGUAUGAGACACCCUCUAAA